CAGGCUUCAGUCACAUGGCACAAAGUGCUUUCCUCUGACUUGAGACUGCAUUACAGUCCCUCCAGCAGCAGCCUGGAAAGCUUGCUUUGCAGAUGGAGGCUUAAUGCGGGCGGACACAGAGGAUGCUGUGGAGGCAGAAGUGAGCGUGCACACACCAGAGACUUCUCUGCAGUCCUGUAGUUCUGUAUUCACUGAAGAUAGAAAGCUGCUGGGAAUAAGAAGUUGCCUUUACUUCUUCUCUAGAAGACAUGAUUUCCAGGAAAACACUGGGAUCUCUUGUCUGUCUGUCUGUUGUUGCUGCAUUUAUUUGGAUGACAUUUGGGAAUGGAAAAGUGCGCUACCUCCCAUAUUACCUUCCUUGCCCUGAAAUAUUCUCCAUGAAACUACAAUACACAGAAGAGAAGCCAAUCCAGCUUUUCCCCCAAUUAUUUUAUCAGCAGCCAAGAUUGCUGGCUCCAAAGCGUCAGGACGUGCUGACAGUCACACCGUGGCUGGCCCCCGUCAUCUGGGAAGGAACCUUCAGCCCCGAGAUCCUAGACAGUGCCUACAGGCCACUGAAUCUCACCAUAGGGGUGACGGCCUUUGCCAUCGGAAAAUACACAAGGUUUGUGGGCCGCUUCUUGGAGUCUGCAGAGAAACAUUUCAUGAAAGGCUAUCGGGUGAACUAUUAUAUCUUCACUGACAACCCCCAGACAAUUCCUGAUGUCCUGCUGCAACCUGGACGAAGGUUUGUCAUUGUCCCCAUCAAGAAAUACCCCAGCUGGCAAGAGAUCUCUAUGCGCAGGAUGGAGGCCAUAAACAAGCACAUCGCAGAGACGAGCCACCAGGAGGUGGACUACCUCUUCUGCCUGGACAUUGACAUGGUGUUCUACAACACCUGGGGGCCUGAGACCCUAGGUGAUAUUGUAGCAGCCAUACACCCUGGCUAUUUCAAUGUCCCUCGAAGCCAGUUCCCUUAUGAGAGGAGAAGAUCUUCAGCAGCCUACAUCCCUGAUGGAGAGGGGGACUUCUACUACGGAGGAGCUGUGUUUGGAGGGCUGGUCAAGAAAGUCUAUGAGUUCACCAAGACUUGCCACAUGACCAUCCUGACAGACAAAGCCAAUGGGAUCAUGGCAGCCUGGCAAGAAGAAAGUCAUCUCAACAGGCACUUCCUCUCCCACAAACCCUCCAAAGUGCUUUCUCCAGAGUAUUUAUGGGAUGACAGGAAGCCAAAGCCCCCUGAAAUUCACCUCAUACGUUUCUCCACAGUGGAUAAGAACUACAAAGAGAUACGAGAUUGACCAUUUGAUCCCUGCAGAGGUGUCCUCCACACAAUCAAAUGCACUGUGAAUACAAGCAUCCUGCUUGAGGCUGCAGCACGCAAAAAGGCAUCCAAAAGGCCACUUACCAAAUGCAAGGCUGUUCUUACAGCAAGGCAGAGACGCCUUUGCCUGAGUGUUUUCCUGAAGCCUAGUAGAAACUUAGCAAGACCAAAUGGUAAUUGACAUUCCUGUGGAUGAGAAGACCUAGUUUUCACUUUAAAAAAUAAUAAAAAAAAAAUUUUACAGGGCAA